AUGGGCCGACAUCAAAACGAGCAAGUUAUUCAAAUAGGAAAUGGAAUGUCGCCUUCGGAUACAGGCAUGGAAGCUUUCUUCAAACAGGCGGAUGAGGUAGAGAAACAAAUGGAAAAUAUCACAAUACAUUUGCGUAGUCUUCAGGCUGCAAAUGAGGAGUCUCUGACUGUAACAAAAGCCUCAGCCAUGAAAGGAAUCAAACAAAGAAUGGAGAGUGAGAUUAAUGAAGUUGGAAAGAUUGCUCUAAAUGUGAAAAUGGCCCUUGAACAAAUUGAUAGAGAUAAUAUGAAAAACAGGCAAAAGCCGGGAUGUGGGAAGGGGACAGGUAUUGAUCGAUCGAGAAUGGCAGUCACUGUGACACUGAAAAAAAAAUUGAAGUAUCGCGUGUCUGAAUUUCAGGCUCUAAGGCAAAGCAUCCAAGACGAGUAUCGUGAGGUGGUCGAAAGAAGAGUUUUUACAGUGACAGGAAUUCGACCUGAUGAAGAGACGAUUGACAACUUGAUUGAGACUGGACACAGUGAACAGAUCUUUGCCAAUGCAAUUCAAGGGCAAGGGCGAGGACAGAUCGUGGACACAUUGGCAGAGAUUCAAGAGCGGGCCGAUACAGUGAAGGAAAUAGAGAAAAAGCUUUAUGAAUUGCAGCAGAUGUUCAUGGAUCUGUCGGUACUGGUCGAGUCACAAGGCGACCUGCUGGACGACAUCGAAACUCAGGUCUCAAAAGCAGUCGAUCACGUCGAUUCCGGAAUGAGGAUCCUUAAGAAAGGGAAGAAAUUGCAGCGGGACACGCGGAAAUAUACAUGCAUUGCUGUCAUUAUCCUUCUCCUAGUCAUUAUCAUCGCCCUCAGUGCAUCACUGAAGGAGGUCAUGCCAUGGAGUAAAAGGACAUGA